AUUAACUUUAAUCGAGAAUUGAUGUUUUUACUUGAAUCCGUCGAUUUUAUUGAAAAAUGUUUAGCGGUUUGCGAUUUUAGUCACUUCUAAUUGGUUAAAAACAUAGAUAAUAAAAAUGAAUAUCGACGAAUUUCGAGUUCGUGGUAAAGAGAUGGUAGAAUAUAUUUGUCAAUAUCUUUGGUCAAUUGAAUCAAGAAGAGUAACAGCAAACGUUGAUCCAGGGUAUUUGCGACCACUCUUACCCAAAGAAGCCCCUCUGAAGCCUGAAUCAUGGGAUGAAAUUAUGAAAGACAUAGAAAAUAAAAUAAUGCCAGGUAUAACUCAUUGGCAACAUCCACGUUUCCAUGCUUAUUUUCCUUCUGGCAACUCAUUUCCAUCAAUACUUGGAGACAUGCUCUCAGAUGCAAUAGGAUGUAUUGGCUUUUCUUGGGCAGCAAGUCCAGCAUGUACCGAAUUGGAAACAAUAGUUUUAGAUUGGUAUGCAAAAGCGAUCAAUUUACCAAAGAUAUUUUUAUCAGAACAUGAAAACUCCAAAGGUGGAGGAGUAAUUCAGGGGUCAGCAUCUGAAUGUAUUCUUGUUACAAUGCUAGCAGCAAGAACUCAAGCGAUAAAUUUAUUAAAAAAGCAGGAUCCGUCUACUGAAGAUUCAGCAUUUUUACCCAGACUUGUAGCUUAUUGCUCAACAGAGUCACAUUCAUGUGUAGAAAAAGCUGCUAUGAUUUGCUUGGUAAAAUUACGAGUCCUUGCACCUGACGAUCGAUGUUGCCUACGUGGUAGUACUCUUGAAAUAGCAAUUAAGGAUGACAUUAAAAGAGGUCUGGUGCCCUUUUUUGUAUCGACAACACUCGGAUCAACUGGAUGUUGCUCCUUUGAUAAUCUCGUCGAGAUUGGAGCGGUUUGUAAAACUAAACUUAACUCAGCUGCUACUGUUACCAAUACAGUGGGAGGAAUAUGGCUUCACGUUGAUGGAGCAUAUGGUGGUAAUGCAUUUAUUUGUCCAGAAUUGAGACCUCUUAUGGCUGGUAUUGAAUAUGCUGAUUCAUUUAAUACCAACCCCAACAAAUGGCUUUUGGUCAACUUUGAUUGUUCUUGUCUUUGGGUACGUGAUCGGCUUAAACUUACAUCAGCUUUGGUAGUAGAUCCUCUUUAUCUUCAACAUGCCAACUCCAAUGAGUCUAUUGACUACCGUCAUUGGGGCAUUCCAUUGAGUAGAAGAUUUCGGGCUUUAAAACUCUGGUUUGUUAUGCGUAGUUACGGAAUUAUUGGACUACAAAAAUAUAUUAGAAAUCAUAUAAGACUAGCAAAAAAAUUCGAAGCUUUGAUGAAAAAAAAUAAAAGAUUUGAAGUUCUUAAUGAAGUAAAGGUUGGUUUGGUCUGUUUUAGACUCAAAGGAAGUGAUGAAUUAAAUCAAGAGCUUCUUGCAAACAUCAAUGCAUCAGGAAAAAUUCAUAUGAUACCAUCAAGAAUGAUGGGUCAAUAUGUUAUCAGAUUUUGUGUCACUAGAGAAAAUGCCACCGAAGAUGAUAUUGAGUAUGCAGCUCAAGUGAUUGAACAACACGCUACUGAAGUGCUCCUGACGCAUUACGAAUUGUCAGGGGAACCUGCAUCGUCACCUGAUGUAAUUGAAUUGAUGGCUAAAAGCCCGAAGAGUCCAGCUCCAUUGGAUAAAAAACUCGUUAGGAAAUUCAGUUUUACUCGAAGUGUCACUAGAGAUGCUUAUAGACGAGCUAAGUCUAAAACAGCUCUACAUGAUGGUGCGACACCAAUUAUGGUUGUUGAAGAUAAUAUUAAAUCUCAAACUGACCAUCAUGACAAUAACCAAGAUGAUGAUUUAAUCUGUAAUAAUCGGUAGAAUACAAUUCAACUCACGGUACCUAAAAAAAGACAACCUUUAUUGUUACCGUGAGUCGAGGCUUUAGAUAGGGUUAACAAAUAUCGCACUGAUGAUGAACCUUCAUCAUCAAGUGAUCUUGAUUAUCCAAAAACUAGUAAAGAAGUUUUGAUAUAAUGCAGAUCAAAUAACUACUUGAAUAUACUGAAUUAUAUAAUUAUUUGAUACAAUUUUGAUAAAUAAAAAUAGUUUUAGGGAUAUUAAGAUCAC